UAUAAUGGGAUGUGUAUGCAAGGACCUACUGGUUUUCCUGGAAGGGAUGGAAACCCUGGAAUCAACGGAAUCCCUGGAACUCCAGGUAUCCCUGGCAGAGAUGGGCUUAAAGGAGAAAAAGGAGAAUGUAUGCAAGAAAGCUUUGAGGAAUCUUGGACACCUAACUAUAAGCAAUGUUCGUGGAGUGCCUUGAACUAUGGCAUAGACCUUGGAAAAAUUGCAGAAUGUACAUUCACCAAGAUGCGCACCAACAGUGCUUUAAGAGUUCUUUUCAGUGGAUCACUUCGACUUAAAUGUAGAAAUGCCUGUUGUCAACGCUGGUAUUUUACUUUUAAUGGGGCUGAGUGCUCUGGACCACUUCCUAUUGAAGCUAUAGUUUAUUUAGAUCAAGGAAGCCCAGAAUUAAAUUCUACUAUUAAUAUACAUCGCACAUCUUCAGUGGAAGGAUUAUGUGAAGGAAUCAAUGCUGGAUUGGUGGAUGUUGCCGUUUGGGUUGGGACUUGCUCAGAUUACCCAAGAGGAGAUGCAUCAACGGGGUGGAACUCGGUGUCUCGCAUAAUUAUAGAGGAACUGCCAAAAUAGAGCUUUCAGUCUCUUCUUGCUAUCCCCAAAACAACAUUCAGGACUGUAUGCAAUCUCUUAUUGGUUUGUUUUUGUACGUUGAAAAAAAAAUUGGAUUAUAGUGCACAAACCUAUUUAUAGAAAUAAGGUAAAAAUCUCUCUUGAGCCACAUUUGAUUUCAAAUGAUUUAACAGACAUGUCUGUGUAGUUUUUGCCAGUUACACAGAAGUAAUUUCCUUCCAGGAUGUUUUUGGAUUUCUUGGGAAUUCAUGGUCUGCGUUUAACCAAGCCUGGACCUGCUUAAUUCCUGAAUCCACAGGAGUCAGCCUGGUGCUGGCCUCUGCAGAGGUCUUACAGUAGACAAUUGAUGUUCCAUUUUUUAUUCUAUGUAUCCUUAGCAUUUUUCUACAGAAUUUUGGAAAAUAGAUCCUAAGGGAACAAUCUAUAUUAAUGAUUACUUUUCUAUCAAUUCUAUAUAUCCUUGCAUUUGUUCAAAAAGAAAAUCUACAUAACCAAUGUUAAUUUUAUAUUAAAAAUAAUAAUAAAAAGCAACUUUUUAUUCAAGUGUUUCUUCUCCAUUCCCUGAAAGUAUGGUUUGUUUUAUAAGCUUUAAAUUCCUAUUGAAAAGAAAAAAAAAUAUUUUCUUGUGAUGUAUGAAACAAUAAAUUACCUGAAAAAAAUAAUUUGGCGUAAAUUAUUGCAAUUGUAAUACAGUAAUUUAGCAAACCCGUAUUUUUAUUAUCUAGUGUAUAGCUGUCACCUUGAUGUAUUACAUAUGCAUAGAAGCUAUGCCAGGCAUGAUGGACGAUA